ACUUUUAGUGUAUUUUUUUUAAAGAUUCUUCUGUCAUUCUGAAUUCCGGUGCGAAGUGUUAAGUUUUAUAUUAAUUACGAAACGGGAGUUACAAUUCUUUGUCGGUACUUGCUUGAUAUCAUGUAAAAUCUUCUGUAAAUAUAUUUUGACGUACACAAAUUAAGAAUGGCAUUGUCGGUUUUGCCAAAUAAUCCGAUGAAUUUCACUGAAAAUCAACAUGGAAAUGCAAUUCUAGAAAAGCUGAAGAUACAAAAAGAACAAGGAAGAUUUUGCGACGUUACAUUAUAUGUAGAAGGGAAGCAGUUCAAAGCUCACAGGAGUGUUUUGGCCUCGUGUUCUCCUUACUUCGACUCUGUGUUGAAAAUGCACAGGACAGUAAAGGAACGGUUGACAAUUACUUGUCAGAAUUCAGAAAUAUUCAGUUGUUUACUUAAUUACAUGUAUACUGGAUCAGUAGUGAUUGAUAAAAAUAAUGUUGCAGAGCUAUUGCGACUUGCUAAUCAUUUUCUUGUUGGCAAAUUAAAAAGUUACUGUGCUGAGUAUCUCGACAGGUAUCUUGAUGUCACCAACUGCCUCACCGUGAGGGAAAUGGCUGAAAAAUAUAACAUGCCAGCAUUAUCUAAAGCAGCUACAGUUUUUGUUCAAGUUCAUGUAAAUAAAGUUAUUCAACAAGAUGAACUACUAAACAGCACAUUUACAAAAAUUGAAUCAUUUUUGUCCGAAAAGUCGUGGAGCCUGCCGCCCAGCGGGGUGCUGAGCCUGGUCGCCCGCUGGGUGGGCCGCGACGUGGCGUCCCGGGAGCGCAACAUGCGGGCGCUGCUCACCUUCGUGGACUGGAACGGCGUGGACGGGGUGCUGGUAUCGGAGCACGUGGACCGCGAGCCCCUCUACUCCAGCAGCGAGGCCUGCCUCUACUUCGUGCUGCAGGCGCUCGUCGACAACAACCUGCUGUUCCCCAAGUACCAGGGCAUCUACCAGGCCCUUCAGGACAAGUUCAUCCAGGCGGGCUUCUCCCUGCACAACGACACGUACCUGUCGAUGGGGGUCUCCAGCAUGAUGGACGGCAUCGGGGAGCACCCGGCGGUACACUCGGCGCCCGUCGGGCACCUGGACGGCGGGCAGGGGGCGGACAAGAGUGCGUGCGGGAGGAGCAUGGCCGCCAACUCGGAGGACAGGAAGGGCAAGUCCAGCCCCCAGGCGGCGCCCGUCUCCAUCAGGACCACCAAGAAGAUCAAGCGGAAGCUGAUUCUGCGGCGGUUCCAUCGCCGCAAAGAGAAACUGUAUCGUUUGCACCCUGGAGGGAGGUUGGCUGCACUGUCGAGGCACAAGCGAGUGAAGCAGUGUGGCAGUUCUCUGAAGAACAGUGACGACGAUGCGGAGCCCCUGAGCGGCUACAGCUGCCACCUGUGCCCGCACGUGGCUCCCGACACCACGCGGCUGGAGCAGCACCUGGCGCAGGCUCACACCAUCGACGUCACCUACAAGUGCGGCGUGUGCGGCUUCGUCUGCCAGUGGAACAAGGACUACCUGGCGCACAUGCGGGGCCACUUCCCGGGGCCCCCCUUCAAGUGCGACACCUGUGACUUCAGCUGCGACGGCAUCCAGCAGGUGCUGACGCACCGCAUGAAGCACUCGGACGAGCGCCCGCACCGCUGCGACCAGUGUGGCUACUCCUGCCGCACCCGGGGCAACCUGCUGGCCCACCUGCGCUGCCACUCCGCCGACCGCCCCUUCAAGUGUGAAAUUUGUGGGCGAGCGUUCUCUGCCAGGACCACUUUGGAGCAGCACCUCGCGAGCCACAGCAACGACCGACCGUACACAUGCGACAUUUGUGGUUUUUCCACCAAGUACCUCAGCCAUUUGAUUGCUCACAAGAGAAUGCAUGCUGGUGACCUGUACCGCUGCUCGUAUCCCCAGUGUAAGUACUCCACACCCAAGAAGUCCCAGCUGGGGUCCCACGCCAGGACCCACGGUGUGGUACGUCCGCACUCCUGCAAUAUUUGUGGUCGAGGGUUUCUCGAAAAGAGUCAUCUCAUUCGUCACGAGCGAAUCCACCUGGAAGAGAAGCCUUUCAAGUGCAGUCAGUGCGAGUACGCCAGCUCGCGACGGGACAAGCUGAAGGAGCACUUUGGCCGUCACCACGGGGAGAACGCCUCGGCCAAGGUGCCCUACAAGGCCCGCCCAAUGAGAGCGUCCGGCUCGUCCUCUUCGUCGUCGUCUGGUCGCGGGGGGCCCAAGGCCUGUCAGGACGGCUUCUCGUCCAGCUCGCUGCCCCCCGGCGACCGGAGCAGCGCCGGGCCCCAGCACCAGCAGGGAGCCCCCCCCGCCGCCGACAUGAACCUCAUGAUGCAGCACCACGCCCCGCAGGCAUCCUACCCGGCCUUCAGCGAGGCCCCGCACCCCUCGCUCGACUACCCCCCUCCCUACUCCCGCCAGGCGGCCCAGCAGGCCGGCCCCCACCCCCUGGUGCGCUCCUCCCAGCAGGCGGUGGCGGCCAUGAUGCUGGACCCGCGCUUCCACCACCCCAACCCCUCCUCCGUGGCCUACCACCCCUCCAUGGGCGGGCAGGCGCAGGGCAUGGGGGCCCAGCACCACCAGCCGGACUACCCCUGCAUGCCGCCGCUCUUCUAACACCCACUAGUAAUGACUUAAUGCAGCGCAGUACACGAUAUCAACGCAGGAAUACUCAUCAACGUUGUUUCCAAUAAUAGCAGAUACAGAAAUUUUUUCGGUGGGUUGAAAAAAUACACUCACAGGUGGGCCUGCAGCAGUAGACGUAGGCGACGUGGCUUCUCACACCGUAACAUACUGUCUUCACUGACAAUCCGCACAUUCUUUCAUAACUUUGGGUGGGGGGGGGGGGGGGGGGGGCUACUUAAUUUUAUCGCAUGAUUGUUGUUGCUGCGUUAUUUCAGGACAUCAGUAUUUGGAAAAAAAUAAUUCUCGCAUAAAAAUCGCAUCAUGUACUUGGUACCGGUGUUAGAUUCCGAGCACUUUGUGUAGGUAAUAAACGUGACAGGAUAAAGCACCAGAGUAUACUAGAAAUACCAUUCACCUUUUUAAUGAUAAUUAUAUUUAUUACAUUGAAGUGCAUCUUACCCUUGUUGAUAAACUUUUUUUUUUAUUAUAAAUAAUUAAGGGUCUUAGAAUUGAUGGCAUCUUACAUUCGAGUAAAUAUGAUAAAGGUAUCUUUAAACAUCUUCUAAUUGUCGUAAAAUUAAUUUUGAUGAUGUGUUUAAAACCAGAGGAAUCCGUCAUGUUUGAAAUCUCGCUCUGGAUCCUCUUAAUAGUCUUUAUCCAACAUGUCGCAAGUGCGUUUCUCACUUUCUUUUAAAUGUGCAUAACUUCAAAAUUUGGAUUUUUUUUUUUAAACUAGCUUAUGCAUUUUAAUAUUUUUUUGAUACAUAAGGAAGUUGCAAUGAUAGCAAUUUGUGGAUAUUUUUAGCCAUCCAAGAAUCUGAUUAAUGUGGAGAAACAAAACUUCCACUCUGUGACUAUUUUAAAACUGUAGUUUCCAGAAACAUAAGGUGACCCUAUUGCAAGACUGUUUUUUUUUUACAAUUUUUUUCAAAACUAUUAUUUUUUUUUCUUCUGUUUUCAACACUGCACUUGUGAUGUGUAGCAAAAGACAAUUCAAAAAUGAGUAUCUCUUUUCCUUAUCCUAUUAUUGUAUUUUUUUUUUUAAGUUUUCGUUAUAUAUGCAUUUUACUAGCUGCCAUGUCUUGAAAAUGUGGAAAUCUCUAAAUGAGGGAUUCUAAAGUCUACCAGGAAUGAUUCAGAAAUUAAAAAUAUUUAAUACAUUUCAAAAUAGGCAGCACUCUUUUAUUAAAAAAUGAUUUAAUUGAGCACUGUUUGCUGUCAUAGUGACAGUUUGGAGGAAACACAUUUUCAGUGUAGCUUUGUUUUUUAACCUCAAAUGUGGUCUUAUUUCACUGCGUGUGUAUUAGUGCCCUUUUUCUUAGGUUUGUGGAAGGGGACAUAUCACCCUUAUUGCCUCCCAAGCUAUGCCACUGUUGUCUAGCUAUCCCUAGUAGUCAUAAUUAACAGGCAUUAAGAAGUUUGACUUAAAAUACAACUGAUAUUAACGUAUUUUGUUAGCUAGAACUUUCUUAGAAGUGUUUCCUGUGGAUUCCACUUUAAAGUUGGAAUUUUACUUGUAAACGUACUGUGAUACAUGUCGUAAACCCUGCCCUGCGGUUAAGAUGCUUAGUUUGUAUCGUGGUGACUGAGAGGUUUCCUGGAUGGAGUAUACUUGUCAGUUCUUCUACUAACACAUCUUGUAGAUAGUGUAAUGUGCUCCUUUAGAUUUCAUAGCCAAAUAUUUCCUUUGCUUUUCCAAGUGAUUUAAUGGAGAAAGGUUCUUAAUCCAGUAUUCUAGGGUUUGGAACGUUCUGUAGUGUAAUCAAGCCACACACAUUCAGAACUUGGUUGCCUUUGUUUUUAGUACACUCAUAGUUUAUCAAAUUUGUCUGUUUUCAUUUCAUUAUAGUGUUGACUUUUUCUAGUUGUACAUAUCCAUAUUUUUUACAAAAAGACCCAAUGCUCAUCUGUUUUUUUUUUCUUUCUAUAGAGUAGCUUACUACAAACUGUGUUAAAUAACAUUGUAUUGUAUAUUUAUUUUUCUUGAUAUUUCGGUUGAACCUAUAUUGAUUUAAUUAUUUCAGCAUGGGUGUGGUCCCAAACAUACCUGAUUAAAGUCGGUUGAACUUUUCAUGGUAUUUAAAUGUUUUGUUUAGUAAUUAACAAAACCUCAACAAGGCUAUUGUUUGCACCAAAAAAAAUAAAACAAGUAUUUAUUGAUGUGUCAAUGCUAGAGACAAAAUUUUAUGGUUUUAUUUUAAGGCUAUGUUAAUUUAUAAAACAGGAGAUUUUAGUGUUAUUGUUUUUAUUUUUCAUAAAUUUUGUUUAGUUCAUAAAUAAUGAUAUCCCAUUAUUCAACAAAUAUUACACUUAAAUGUUUCACAAUAUGUACUUAUGGCACCAUAAGUGUCAAUUUGACUGAUACGUUAUUCACUUUUACAAUAUAAUAAGCAUCUCUAACGACUCGGAACAAUAAAAAUAAAUCGAAAGUAUUUAUGUGUUUGAAAAAUGCACCAAUGUCGUUAUGUAAAUAUGAGUUACUAAUAAAAGUUGCAUGAUUAAAAAAAAAAAAAAAUUUGCCCAUCUUUUUAUUACAUAUUAUUUAGUACAAACAUAAUGCUAAAUAAACUACAUUCAUAUUGAUUAUAAUACAUGAAAAGAUUAUCAUUUAGUAAUUUCAUUAAUUGUAUUAAUUUUCAUUAAUUAAACAUGAUUAAAAACCCUGAUUAUUUUAAUGAUUUUAGCUACAUUUUGGUGUUUUAUGGUGUAUUAACCUGUAGUUAGUUCGGUUCUAUAUGUUCUAUUGACAAUACUUUUAGGUUUUAUUGCAACUCACCGUAUAAUCUUUUCGCUAGUCAUUGCUGAUCAAUGCAAAAUAGCUUCUUGAAAUUGUUUUUAUUAUUAAUUUAUCGACUGUGAUACUUUGUAUUGUGGAAUCCAGUUUUACUAAAAAAUAUUUAUUGUCUAGUGUAAGCUUGUGUGUUUGUACAUGUAAUGUAGUGUCUUUCACAGGCUUGUGUAUCAGAUACACACAUGCUUUGUUGCUAGUCAUUUUGAGUGAGUUAAAUGUUUAACAUUAAAUGUUUGUCAGAUAUUAAUGGAAUUGUAGCUUGUAAUGUGUUAGAACAUUAAAAAUGUAUUAGCAUUGAUA